CUACUUCUGUGCAUCUUCUCAUAUUUCCCCUUCUUUCUUUUCAGCAAAUAAUUCAAACUCAGCUGAAGACCCCCAGCAAUAUUUCCACAGGUUGCAGUUGCAAAACCCUGCAAUCAGUCCAUCAUCACCUGAUCUUCAAAUCCUCAAGUUUCCAUCCUUCACUCCGUUUCCCUUCUGUACUUCCACCGACAAUUUACAAUAGAAACGAGCACAUCUACCAAUAAUCCACAAUGACUACCGAGGCAAAAAUUCUCGGUACACGCCUUCAAGGGAAGGUUGCCAUCGUCACUGGGGGUGGAUCUGGCUUCGGCGAAGCUAUCUCAAAACGCUUUGCGGAGGAAGGAUGUAAAGUCAUUGUGGCUGACAUGGACUCUGUGGGUGGAGAAAGAGUCGCCAGUGCAACUCAUCCCCAUUCAAUGCACUUCAUCAAGACCAACGUAGCAAAUGAAGCCGACUGGGAACAACUCAUGGAAAACACUCUUGCCAAAUUUGGCAGAGUAGACAUCUUAGUCAACAACGCGGGCACAAGUUACAAGAACAAACCAACAGCAGAGGUGACAGAAGAUGAAUUUGACAAAGUCUUUGCAGUCAAUGUGAAAAGCAUCUUUCAUUCCGCCCGACAUUUCAUUCCCAAUCUCAUCAACCAAGGAGACGGUGGCUCAAUCAUCAAUAUUGCUUCGAUUGGAGCCACAAGACCGAGGCCGGGACUCGUCUGGUAUAAUGCCAGUAAAGCUGCUGUAGCCAACGCAACCAAAGGUCUAGCAGCUGAAUACGGCGAGAAACAAAUCCGCGUCGUAGGUAUUGGGGAAGCCGCAUUUUCCACUUCCUUUCCCGAGACAUUGUCUUAUCCUUUUCCUGAAACAACAAAGAUGAAAAGUGCUAACGCUCCCUCCCAAUUACCUAGAACGCCGUCUGCCCCCUCCUCAGCGCCACAGGCCUCUUCGAAACCUUCGUCGGCGUCCCCCCAACAGAAGAAAACUUCAAGAAAUUCCUGUUCAAUGUCCCGCUAGGAAGACUAACUGAUCCGGUCGAUGUCGCGAA